ACAUUGUUCUGCUAGAGAUAACAGUGACAUCACUCCUAAAAAGGAAUAAUGGAAUGGCAUGCAUGGGCGGCAAUUUUUCUUUUCUCUAUUCUCAUACAAAUCGAUGACCGAAGGGAAAUCGCAGCUUGCGGUGAACUUCAAACUACUCUGUACCCACAGAUAACAAAUGGACACGACACACACCGUUGGCCCUGGCACGCUGCCAUCUAUCAUCAAUUAAUUGAGAACGAACCAGAAUAUAAGUGCGGAGGAACUGUCGUCAGUGUGCAGUUUAUUCUAACAGCAGCGCACUGUGUUAUGGUUGAAACUGAACAAAUUUUAGUUUCAUUGGGGCGACUUCGCUUGGAUGCAGGUCCAAGCAGUGCUCCAUUGAUGAAGGUUUUCGCUAUACUUACGCAUCCAGACUUCAAUCCAGAUAACUUUGCACAUGACAUUGCAAUUGUUACACUUGCAAGUGAUGCCAUUUUCAACAGUUACGUACAACCGGUAUGCGUGUGGCAGCCAUAUGAAAUUAAUUUAUCCAAAGUGAUUGGUCAAUCCGGUACAGUUGUUGGCUGGGGACUUACAGAAAAGGGUGUAACAUCGAACGUACUUCAAGAGGCAAAGUUUCCAGUGGUACCACACUUUACCUGUCUUGAAAGCAAUCGUGACUUGUUUGGACGGUACUUAACCGGUGCAAAUUUCUGUGCCGGUACUCGAAACGGCACGAGUGUCUGCACAGGCGACAGCGGUGGAUCGAUGACGUUCGAGGAAGAUGGAAAGUAUUACAUUCGGGGAAUUGUGUCAGUGGGCGCAAGCAAAAUUAACCGAACCACUAACCAAGUGGAGUGCGAUCCGAUGCAGUAUGCACUUUUCACAGACGUUGCACAGUAUUUACCAUGGAUCAGGGAGACGGUCAGAUGUGAAACACAUCGGACAUGUACAUGGGAUUACAGGAAUGAAAACAACUUCCCCACAUGCACAAUAUCUCUUCGCAAAGAAGAGGAGGAACUAAAAUGCAAAAUAAUUUUUGACGACACUUUGUAUUUAACUAAUGUUACAACUCUACUUAUAAAUGUGUCGGGUGGCUUACCUGAUGUGUCAAGUGCGGCCGACAAAUUUAUAAAUUUGGACACGCUUCGUUUGGACAGCCUUGCAUACAUUGAGAGAGCCAGACUGUCUCCUUUUACGAAAAUUUCAGUGUUAUUUUUGACAACUCUUGAUUUGGUGAAAUUUGAUGCCGACUUUUUUUUCGAUUUAAAGAAUCUGCAAGCUCUUAGUCUCCGUUUGUAUGUGUUGGAAGUGUUACAUGCCGAAAUUUUCAAAGAGCUCGGUAACCUCAAAGAACUCCGGAUACAAUAUACUAGAGUAAGAAACUUACCGGCCGAAAUCUUCGAAAGACUUCGAAAUGUCAAAGUUCUUAUGUUAAGCCAAAAUUACUUCGAAGUUCUGCCAGCGAACAUCUUUCGCAACAAUGAAAAAGUAACGGGUCUGGAUCUAAACUUUAAUUUCUUGAAAGAAGUCCACGAAGAUCUUUUCUUUGGACUCACGAAUCUCGAACAACUUCAUCUGUCUGGAAACCAAAUUGAGUAUCUGCCAUCGGGCCUGUUCCGUAACAAUGCAAAAUUAAUGGGAAUUGAUCUAACUGACAAUAAAAUCAAAAAAAUUAAAAUUAACUUAGACACCAUGCCACAGCUCUCCUUACUCGGACUGGAAAAUAACGGUUGCAUAAGUGAGAAUUACAGUUUUGAAAUACAGUCUCGUAAUGAAGCGAACGAGUUGAUUCGCAAAAAUUGUACAGACUAAAAAAAUGAAAUUGACAAUUGUGAUGAAUAAAUGCCGAAAAUGAGCGUAGUUUUUUUAUUCCACAAAAACCUCAAAAGAGGAAGAGGUGACGCUAGUCCUCUAAAUUAAACUUCCAAAAAAUUUGAUAUCAGUUUUGGUGACGCAUUCUGCGCUUAACGUAACCAACUUCAACCAAGAAAAUUUUAACAAC